GACCUACAACCUGACCUUCCUGCACCCCUACUACCGCACGGACGAGGCGGAGGAGAACCCCUUCAUCUGCUCAUCCCACCGGGAGAACGGGAUGCAGAAGUGCUCCAACAUCCCAAACAGGAAGGAGUACAAGGUGGAGUGCACCUUGAGCAUGGACUCCUACACCCCCAGUUUGUACCACCCCGACUCCAGCAGCAGGAAUUCCUGCAUAAACUGGAACCAGUAUUACAACGUGUGCAUGGCGGGGGACGUGAACCCACACAACGGAGCUAUCAAUUUUGAUAACAUUGGAUAUGCCUGGAUAGCUAUUUUUCAGGUUAUAACCCUGGAAGGAUGGGUUGACAUCAUGUAUUAUGUGAUGGAUGCACAUUCUUUUUACAAUUUUAUAUAUUUUAUAUUGCUUAUAAUAGUGGGUUCCUUCUUCAUGAUUAACUUGUGCCUGGUUGUGAUAGCCACACAGUUCUCUGAGACCAAGCAGCGGGAGAACCAGCUGAUGCAGGAGCAGCGGGCCCGCUACCUCUCCAACGACAGCACAAUCGCCAGCUUCUCGGAGCCGGGGAGCUGCUACGAGGAGCUGCUCAAGUACAUCUGCCACAUCUUCAGGAAGGUGAAGCGCAGGACCGUCCGCCUGUACCACAACUGGCAGAGCAAGCGCCGGAAAAAGGUGAACCCCAACGGCGGCGCCAACGGGCAGGGCCACCGCGGCCGCCGGCGCCGCGGCCGCCGGCGCAUCACCUCCAUCCACCACCUCAUCCACCACCACCACCACCACCACCACCACCACUACCACAUCAGCAACGGCAGCCCGCGGGGCCCGCGCCCCAGCCCGGAGAUCUGCGACCUGGAGCUCAGGGUGGUGAAACCCGGGGCCCAGCUGAUGCUCCCCGCCCCGGCCCCCGGGCCGCAGAGCCCGGCCCCCCGCCCCGACUCCGAGGCCGUGCACAGCAUUUACCACGCCGACUGCCACGUGGAGGGGCCCCCCGUCAGCUGCAAGUCUUCCAACGCCCCCGCGGGCGUCAAAGCGGCCGCCGGGCUCUCCGGCCGCGGCAACACCAACUACCCCACCAUCCUGCCCUCGCCCACGGGCAGAGCCGGCUCCGCGCCCGCGCCCAAGGGGAAGAAGAAUGGGAAUUCACCGGUGGCCGUGGUUAACAGCCCGGUGAAUUUGGGCGUGGAUCCUUACGGGAAGCUGCAGCAGCUGGUAGGAGAGCAUGGUCUGCGGCGCACGCCCAGCCGGCUGUCGGGGCUGAGCACCACCCCCCUGCCCAGCCCCCCUGGCCCCACCCUGACCUGUGAGCUCCAGGACUGCCCCUUCUGUGCCAGCCUCCUGGACGACCCCGAGUUCGCCCUCAGCGACUCCGAGAGCUGCGACUCCGACAGCAACGGCGUCUACGAGUUCACGCAGGACCUGCGGCACGGCGACCACCGGGACCAGCUCCAGCAGCAGAGGGGCAGGAGGAGGAGGAAGAAGAAAAAACCCAAGGAGAGGAACAAGGUGGUGCAGCUGUGGAAGGCUUUUGGCAGCAAACUGAAGAGGAUCGUGGAGAGCAAGUACUUCAACCGGGGCAUCAUGAUCGCCAUCCUCAUCAACACCCUGAGCAUGGGCAUCGAGUACCACGAGCAGCCAGAUGAGUUGACCAACGCCCUGGAGAUCAGCAACAUCGUCUUCACCAGCAUGUUUGCCCUGGAGAUGCUCCUGAAGCUCCUUGCCUUUGGCAUCUUUGGCUACAUCAAGAACCCCUACAACAUCUUCGACGGCAUCAUCGUUGUCAUCAGUGUCUGGGAGAUCAUUGGGCAGUCGGACGGGGGGCUGUCGGUGCUCAGGACGUUCCGGCUGCUGCGGGUGCUGAAGCUGGUGCGGUUCAUGCCCGCCCUGCGCCGCCAGCUCGUGGUGCUCAUGAAGACCAUGGACAACGUGGCCACCUUCUGCAUGCUGCUCAUGCUCUUCAUCUUCAUCUUCAGCAUCCUUGGCAUGCAUCUGUUUGGAUGCAAGUUCAGCCUGAAAACUGACACAGGGGACACAGUUCCUGACAGGAAGAAUUUCGAUUCCUUACUUUGGGCCAUUGUCACUGUGUUUCAGAUCCUCACUCAGGAGGACUGGAACGUGGUCCUGUACAACGGGAUGGCCUCGACCUCCUCGUGGGCAGCUCUGUACUUCGUGGCCCUGAUGACCUUCGGGAAUUACGUGCUCUUCAACCUCCUGGUUGCCAUCCUGGUGGAGGGAUUCCAGGCAGAGGGUGAUGCCACUAGGUCAGACACAGAUGAGGACAAGACAUCUGCCAACUUUGAGGAUGAUUUUGAGAAGCUGAAAGACCUCCGAGCAACAG